UUGCUUUGUUCUGUCCAUGCAGCCCUGUCCUGUCUUUCCUGAAUCCAGCGCAUCACUGCCAGAAUGGCGACCGUUGACGCCAGCUGGUGGGAUGAGACAGUUUGUAACAUGAUGGCUUGCCAGCACCCGCCCUGUUGGGAGACCAUGUGGAGGAUUGAAAACGGACAUCCUCGGAUCUUGCUAAGAACCCUUGAUUCACUUCGGAGACAAUCCCCAGAAUAUGAAGAGGAAUUGCCAACACUGAAGAUUGUUGACCUUCCCCUCAAUUAUUCCCAAAGAGAGAGAAUCAAAUGCAACAAAAGUUUGGCAUCCCUCUCCAAGACCAUCUCCGGCAUCAGAGAGGCCAGGCGUAUUCUUUCAAACUCUACCUUGAAUGAAGCGUUGAUCCCUCUCACCUCAGUGCUGAGUUCUGAAAAGAACUCUUUCCCAGGGCUGAACUCCAGGAUGGAGUCUCACACUCCCCACUUUGCAUCAGUAAACUUCAGCUCCUGGAGACCAGCUGAGAAAAUACAGGUGGCAGAUCUUGGUGAAUUUGCUGCACACCAGAUGGAUUUCCUGCCUGCCUAUGGAAACGUAGUCUUCAGGUGGAUCCCAAAUAUGAGGCAUCGGCAUUUGGAGCCCGAGAAGCUGACCUCCAGAGCAGCGAUGUCCACUCAGAGGAUGUGCGUGAAGGAGCUGGCUUUGGAAGGCAUCCUGUCUUGCAAGGACAACCAGAAGGUGAAAACCAGGAAGUCAAACAAAGUCCCUACAGGGGGUCAGCCCUAUCUCCUUCAUCUGAAGAAGAGGCAACAGUCUCCUGUCAAUAAAUCAAAUCCUGGAGGCAAAGACGGGCAUUCCAAGGAGAACUCAGUGAGGCAGGGGCCGCCCUCCCCGUGCCAGCUGCACCUGGCGCCGGUGACGCCUCUCUCCAAGGAAGGGGCCCAAACUCUGGAGGGUGGAAGCCCCACGCCAGAGAGCAAGGAGAAGUUCUUCCCCUCCUUGACCAUGCAGAAGGUGCCCAGUCGACACACAUUCGGAACGAAGGUCCCUGUGAAGGAGAAAGGCCCCAGAAGAGCCUCAAGCCGGCUGAAGCUUCCCUUUGGAGGGCUGGGGCUCGCGAGGUGUCGGAUGCCUGACCGGGCAGAGCAGCCAAACAGAGCAGACACUCAGGUGCCGGAUGGUCAGAUGCAGAGAGCCGCGGCGGCUGCUGCUGCUUCUCCCCAGUCUGCAGAGGACUGGAGCUCACUGGGGCCAUCGGCGGGCCCCCCUCUGAGAAGGAAGAGGUCGGUGAAGUUUGUGGAGUUCAAGAGCAACACAGCCAGCCUGUAUGUGGGAGAGCUCACUGGGGCCGUCGGUGGGCCCCCCUCCAAGAAGGAAGAGGUCGGUGAAGUUUGUGGAGUUCAAGAGCAACACAGCCAGCUUGUAUGUGGGAGGUGA